UCACAGCAUUUUUCGGAAAAAUUCACAUACAUAUGUCAGCAGAUCACACGUAUACGAAAAAAAUUAGGGGCUAGAAUUUGCCUAGGAAACCAGGUGCUUGUGGUGUUCCAUUUAAAAGAACUUUAUAAAAACAAUUGAAUAAAUAAUAUAUAAAUAAAAACAUUGUGCUAGAAAAUGUCUGCGGAACGUGAAAUACCAGCUGAGGAUAGCAUUAAAGUUGUCUGCCGUUUUCGUCCACUUAACGAUAGCGAAGAAAAGGCCGGCUCAAAGUUUAUUGUGAAGUUUCCUAACAGCGCUGAAGAAAAUUGUUUAUCUAUAGCGGGUAAAGUUUAUUUGUUUGACAAAGUGUUCAAACCUAAUGCUUCGCAGGAGAAAGUAUACAAUGAAGCUGCGAAGUCGAUUGUCACCGAUGUGCUUGCGGGUUACAAUGGCACUAUAUUCGCCUAUGGUCAAACAUCAUCGGGUAAAACACAUACCAUGGAAGGUGUUAUCGGUGAUUCGGUUAAGCAGGGUAUUAUACCACGUAUCGUGAAUGAUAUAUUUAAUCACAUUUAUACUAUGGAAAUGAAUUUGGAAUUUCAUAUUAAAGUGUCAUAUUAUGAAAUUUACAUGGACAAAAUUCGCGAUUUAUUAGACGUAUCGAAAGUCAAUUUGAGCGUACAUGAAGAUAAGAAUCGUGUACCUUAUGUGAAAGGUGCCACUGAACGUUUUGUCUCAUCGCCAGAUGAUGUGUUUGAGGUUAUUGAAGAGGGAAAGUCGAAUCGUCAUAUUGCUGUUACAAAUAUGAAUGAACACUCAUCUCGCUCGCAUUCAGUAUUCUUAAUAAAUGUUAAACAGGAAAAUUUAGAAAAUCAGAAAAAGCUUUCCGGUAAAUUAUAUUUGGUAGAUUUGGCCGGAUCAGAAAAAGUUUCGAAGACUGGUGCUGAGGGUACUGUUUUGGACGAAGCAAAAAAUAUUAAUAAAUCUUUAUCUGCUUUGGGUAAUGUGAUUUCUGCUUUGGCUGAUGGCAAUAAGACGCACAUACCUUACCGCGAUUCGAAGUUAACCCGUAUUCUGCAGGAAUCUUUGGGUGGUAAUGCCCGCACAACAAUAGUGAUUUGCUGUUCUCCUGCCAGCUUUAAUGAAGCCGAAACUAAAUCGACUCUGGAAUUUGGGCGACGCGCAAAGACAGUCAAGAAUGUUGUCUGUGUCAACGAGGAACUUACAGCAGAAGAGUGGAAGCGUCGUUAUGAGAAAGAGAAAGAAAAGAACGCACGUUUGAAGGGCAAAGUGGAGAAACUCGAAUUAGAGCUAUCACGUUGGCGGGCAGGCGAAACGGUUAAUGCCGAUGAACAAGUGAACGUCGAUGAUCUCAUGGAAGCUAGCACGCCCAACCUGGAAGUAGAGACUACCGUUAACUCUACGCCAGCCGGUCCCGUGCCAGCGACUCCAGCUGCCGGACUUAUGUUGGGUUCCAUUAGCAGCGAUGAGCGGGCGCGUUUAGAAGCGGAACGAGAACGCUUGUAUCAGCAGUUGGACGAGAAAGACGAAGAAAUCAAUCAGCAGAGCCAAUACGUAGAAAAUUUAAAGGAACAAAUAAUUGAACAAGAAGAACUUAUCGCCAAUGCUCGUCGAGAAUACGAAACUUUACAAUCGGAAAUGGCUCGUAUUCAACAAGAAAAUGAAUCGGCCAAAGAGGAAGUUAAGGAAGUGCUGCAAGCUUUGGAAGAAUUAGCCGUGAACUAUGACCAAAAGUCUCAGGAGAUUGAGACCAAAAAUAAAGACAUUGAUAACUUGAAUGAAGAAUUGCAGCAAAAGCAAGGCUUGCUAAGCACAACCAGCACGGAGCUGCAACAGUUACGGGACAUGUCAUCACAUCAAAGAAAGCGCAUCAACGAAAUGUUAAGCAAUUUAUUACGUGAUUUAACCGAAGUGGGGCAGGCUUUGGUAUCGAAUGAUUCGGCCAUUGACAUGAAGAUGAACAACAUACCCAGCGGUGGUGACAGUGGCAAAGUUGAAGAAGACUUUACAAUGGCGCGUCUAUAUAUCAGCAAAAUGAAAACCGAAGCAAAAAAUAUGGCCCAACGUUGCGCUAAUGUGGAAGCACUGCAGCUUGACUCUAAUAAGAAGCUUUCAGAAUAUGAAAAAGAUCUCGGCGAAUAUCGCCUAUUAAUCUCUCAACAUGAAGCUCGUAUGAAGUCUUUGCAAGAGUCGAUGAGAGAAGCAGAAAAUAAGAAACGUGCGCUAGAAGAACAAAUCGAUUCGUUGCGUGAAGAAUGCGCCAAAUUGAAGGCAGCUGAACAUGUGUCAGCUGUUAACGCAGAAGAAAAACAAAAAGCCGAACAACUGCGAGCUAUGUUCGAUUCGCAAAUGGAUGAAUUGCGUGAAGUUCACACUAAGCAAGUAUCAGAGUUGCGUGAUGAAAUCAUUGCCAAGCAACAUGAAAUGGAUGAAAUGAAAGAUGUACACCAAAAACUCGUAUUAGCUCACCAGCAAAUGACUGCAGACUAUGAAAAACUUAAACAAGAGGAAGCUGACAAAUCCAGCAGAUUACAAGAAAUAAUUCUCAACAAUGAACGACGUGAACAGGCACGUAAAGAUCUUAAAGGCCUUGAAGAUACCGUAGCUAAGGAACUGCAGACAUUACAUAAUUUGCGAAAAUUAUUCGUACAAGACUUACAAGCAAGAAUUAAGAAAACAGUGAUCAAUGAGGACAGCGAAGAAGAUGGUGGCUCGUUGGCUCAGAAACAGAAAAUCUCAUUCCUUGAAAAUAAUUUGGAUCAGUUGACAAAGGUGCACAAACAGUUGGUGCGUGACAACGCCGAUUUGCGUUGCGAACUUCCUAAACUGGAGAAACGCCUACGUACUACAAUGGAAAGAGUGAAAGCUUUAGAAACAGCUUUGAAAGAGGCUAAAGAGGGAGCCAUGCGUGAUCGCAAACGGUAUCAAUAUGAAGUAGAUCGUAUCAAAGAAGCUGUAAGGCAGAAACACCUGGGAAGGCGUGGGCCUCAGGCACAAAUUGCAAAACCUAUCCGAGCAGGCCAAGGCGCUAUAGCUAUACGUGGUGGUGGCACAGGCGCUAGUGCUACACAAAUGCCUCAAACAAGCGCUGUUAGUUCAUAAAAAGAUUUAAUUUUGUAAUUUUUGAAUUAUCUCAAUGUUAUUAUUAUUAUUUUUGAUAAGUACUUCCUGUCAUCACAUUUCCUAAGUAAUUUGAUUUCCUGAGAUUUAUGUUCUUUUUUUGUGUUUUGGUUUCCUAAUCUUCAGAAAUCCUAAAUAAGAAGAAACCUAAGUAAUCACCUUAAGAAAGAAUUCAGACACCGUACAUAGCAGUAUAUGUCUAAUGAAACAAAAGAAAAUCAACAAAUUAGCAAUAGUAGAUUUUUAUUUUGGUUUUAUUUGCUUGUACAUGCCCUGCAAUUAAAAUGCUAAUGGCUAACUUUGUAUUCAAGCAAGUGUUUUAUUUUUAGUCAGUGCUUAUUUUCGCUAUUAUCUUUGUAUUUUCUACAUUCAAUUAUUACCUUAGUGGAUCUCAAAUCCAGCCUAAA